GAGAGAAGGAUAGAAAGAGAGAGAGAGAGAAAGGACAGUCGUGCAUUUACGAGCAGACACCCACAUGCAAUUUCUCACUAGACACCCACACACACUUCCUCACAUUUGCUGCACACACACACACAUCGGAGCACCUGAUUUGUAGCCACUCUGUUUGGAUCUUCCCAUGCCAAAAUGCCGUCCUGUGUCUGGCUCUUGGCUCUGUCUCUGGCAGCACUAACAGGUAAGAAGUUGCUCUUUAUUCUUGUAUCCUCUCUGUGUCUGCUCGGUCAAGUCUCUGUGAUCUAAGAGGAAGACUUUUAUCAAGCCACUGUGAUCACUUUCACUUCUUCUAUUUGUUUACGAUAACAAGAGCAGCUGUGAAGUGUCUCUAAUGUAAAACCAGAUCAAGUGUAAGAGUUUUUUUUUUUUUCGAUGGCUGGAUUUAGUUUGAUGGUUUCAAGCUGAAAAAUCACUCACAGCUAAAAAAGGCAGCGUAAGAAAUUACCAUCUGCUCUCUCGGCUUCUUAUUGGUAUUUUCUCUGCAUAAUUUGUGACUUAAAAGGAGACAGCAGCUCUGUUUGAUAUGCCUCAUUUUCUUCCAAAUCAUCUCUGCACAUUUGCACGAUCUUUACUGAUUGUGUUACUCUAGUUGGAGGACCUGCGUUUUCAUGACAUUGAUUUCUGUUUUGCACGGCUGCCUUGUCUGCUCUCCAAACUUGUUCUCUCUUCUUUUCUGACCAGAAGUUUUAGCCGCAACAAUUCUCAGCUUUCAAGUUGAACAGAUCUGCUGGAAAAUCAGUAUCUAGAACAAGAUUCACAUGAUUAGUCUCCAACAACAGGGUCUCUCUUUUUAAUCCGAAUACAUGCCUACUUAGCUCAGCUCGAGCGACACUUUCCAAAGUCUCUGUUUCACUGCAUGCUUCUGAUUUCAGGAAACACUGCUGCUGCUGUUUUGUACGAGAAGUCGGAAAGGAACUGCUCCCUGUCCCCACCGGUGAGAGGAAAAAAAAAUGGGAAUAGCGUAACUUUGACUUUGACCACUUUUGACCGAGUUAAUUUUUAAAAAUGAAGUUGUAUCACUGACCUUACAGAUUUCACACAGUCAUUUCCCAAACUUAUACAAGGUGCAUGAGUUAUAUACAAUGAGAGUGAACGAUUACUGCCCAUGUGCCGUGGUUAAUGAUUACAGAGUGAGAUAGGAAAAGGGAUGAAUCAGCAGUUCUUAAGGUUUUAAUUAAAUCGCAAGACUAUUAACACUGUGUCUCUCUCUCUCUCUCCUUUUUUUAUCUGUGUGUGUGUGUGUUUGUUUCAGUACCUCCCCAGCACAGCAGUAAAUACCACUCUCCAGCUGCAGGAGUUACGAGAGCGAAUGCGUCCCCUGAAUAUCUCUGCCUACAUUAUCCCUGGCACUGAUGCCCACCUGGUACAUCUGCUGUCCAUCAUACUUAAUUUCUGCCGGGUUUAAACCUGGUGUGUGCAUGCAUGUGUGUGUUUGUAUGUAUGUGUGUGUGUAUAGAGAUACUCACCCUCUCCCCCCCCCCCCCCUCAGAGUGAGUAUAUCGCACCACGUGAUGCCAGGAUGGCCUUCAUGACCGGCUUUACAGGCUCCGCAGGUACAAUCCUCAUCUUCUUCACCCCCUCCCUCCCUUCUCCUCCUCCUCCUCAUCAUCAUCCUCUUCCUCCUCCUCCCCAUGAUUCAACUCCCCACGUCUGAGUGCCGCGGUCAUGCAGCUCCUUUUACUUUCAUCCCACAUCCUCACUAUACAGCCUUCCCCUCCUUGCUCACUUAGUUUCAUUGCUUGCACUCGCCGCAUCAGUGCGCCCUAUCAUCCAUCAGCGUUAUCCUCUGCAGAGUAAGUCCACCAUUAAAUUAUGAUGUCUAUUCCUAAUCCAAUUACAAUGAAUAGAAUUAUACAUAACAUCCCCGUUCUUAACUGUUGCAUGGAGGGAAAAGAGAGAGAUAAAUGUAACCCAGUUAAUUGGAGUUACCAAAUCGAACUUACACCAAACUCCACAGAGAGAAGCCACAAUUAUUUAACACCUUUAAAAUCAGACAUGCAAAAUUUAGAUUCAGCCGCUGUUUCAUAAGAGUCUUACGUGAGGAUGUGGACGUGGAAUGAUAAUGUCAGCCCUGAUUAUACUCCCCUUCUCUGUCCUCUGUGUGUUUCUUAAGCUUCCUGUUUCUAUCCACAUGCACACUUUCACAAGACUCUCCACCCCACCAUGCAUUGUUCUGACUCAACCCUGACAUUUAUAGACAUUCGUAACACACUGCCACUGCCACACUCUCCCUAACACAGCUGCUCUGCUGCCACUCCCCAGGAACUGCCAUAGUUACCCCAACCAAGGCCACUCUGUGGACAGACAGCCGAUAUUGGGUCCAAGCUGAGAGACAGCUGGACUGCAACUGGGAGCUGGAAAAAGACGGUAGGGGGCAAAGUUAACAUUAGGACUACUUGUUUUGACAACGUAGGACAAAUGGAUGCCAGGGAAAUAUUUGUGGAUUUGAUGGUCUCAUAUAAAAAUAUCCUGACAUGCUGCACCCACAAUUACAGGAUUUACAUGAUAAAAAUAGUCCACAAACAACAGAACUAAAAACGCCCCAUGUUUUGUCUUUGAAAACUCUUUGAACGCUGAUCAUAUGAUGACGACUGGUUGUUAAAUCAACUUUGAAAAAUGUGAUAAACCCUCCACAAGCCAUUAAAAGUAAAAGUGCCUAAACUGUAGUUGCUCCUUUCAUAAUUCAGCAGCUCUCGGCUGAUGUUAAUUCCCCACCUAGAGGGCUGGUUUGUAAAGCAUGAAAUUGAGAAACACAUUAUCUUUUAUUGUCAGUCAAGGAUGCGUGAAGUCAAAGAAAGUCUGGGACCUCGACUACAACUCAGCACUGCAAAAUGAAACAAGUACAUAAGACAAACUGGGUGUAAGAUGAUAAUAGAUGUUUCAAAAUCUGAACUUGAAUGAAUGAUUGAUUUACACCUACAGUCUGGCAGUAACUGGAUAUCCAGCUGUUUAUAUUUGGUCUGAGGAAAAUCAAUCAGCUUUAAAACUUUGACUGUUUAUCUACUCAGUUACACUCUUGUUUAAACUUUAUGUUGAUAAAUAUAUUGAUUUAUAUCAACUGAACAAAAACAUGGACUGAUGUAUUUCUACUUCUGAUUCAAAAGUUUUUCGAUGCACACCACAGACAUAUUUCUCUGGAGUUUAUCUCUUGAAUUAGUUCGCAUAAGAGCUUGUUGGCACUUCCUCCCCGCUAAGUUAUUCCUCCAGCUGACAGGUGCAACAUGUCAAGGUGCUGAUUAAACUGCAUAAUGUUGCAAGAUGACAGAUGUUGUGAGUGUGAGGUUAGCUUCCUGAGUGCUGAAAUGUUCACUAGAGAUUUUUCUUGUUAAUUAAGUUUCAUUUGACUAACAUCAGCUUCCAAACACGAGAAGCUGCAUAUUUUUAGUUUUGGUUAAUUACUUUGGAUUUUAUUUUAUUUUUUUCUGUAUAUUUUAUGUGAAAUCUCUUGUGAGGAGUUUGUAGCUGAUUAUAAAACAGGUUGACCGUCUCUGUUUGACUUACAAAAGCAAAGAGAGCACCGUCAACAAGAAUAGUGACAGUUUCUAUAAUGUUUGUUUGUUGGGUGUGUGGAGUUUGUCUUUUCUUCCAUCUCUGCUUGUAAUUCUUGCUGGUGCCCUCAUGUACGCCCUUUAAACUUCUAAAUAUAGACUCAACAUAAUGCAGGGUCUGGCUUUAAAGGGAUAUUACGGUGUAAAAUUAAGCAUAGGAGGUGUUCUGGUUUUCAUUUUUAGUACUUUUUCUGGUCCAAAUAGAUAAACCUGCAUUCCUCAUACGCUGGGGAAAUUUGCAAAAUAGUAUUGAGCAAUCAUUUAUCAGCAGGCUUUGAGGUAUGCAAGAAAAACAGUUUGUAUGUGGAGCAACAGCAGACAGAUUGGUCCACUAAUCUGAUAUCUUCAUGCCAGUGCAGCCAACAGUCUGAUCUAGGCCCUGCUUGAUAAUGUGUCUCUAAAGGCCAUUUUGUUUUCUUCACCUCUUGAAUACAGAUUUGACAAAUUUUGCAUUUUUCAACAUGAUGCUGCAGUUUCCACAAUCUAAAGACCCGUAAAGUGUCAGUAAAUCACAAGCACAAGGGAGGACAUCUUUGCUGGAAGUCAUUUUAGAAGCAAUUGUUGAAAAGUUGGCAUCCUCUUCAGAGACAUUUAUCACCUGUCGUUGUCAGACGAUUAAAGAGAAUGAUUGCCCAGAGGUUACGAGAUUGACUUUCAUGUUUCACUGCUAUGCGAGUUUACUGUGCGCUCCUACUAAAAAUGAAGAAAAAUGAAUGCAGUAGAAAGUAGCAGGUGUAAUUAUCAGGAGCAGUUCAAUUACAGGAGGGUUUUCGGUCUUUCAGUUGCAGUUCAUUAGGCUGUGACUUAACUGUAAUUAUAUAAUACAUCUCACCGCUCCAUUGAGCUUGCACUUUUACCACUUUGCUAUAAAACUCUUUUGGGCGAGAGUACUUUGUACACAAACACUCACUUGCUGCUUGGAUACCUCAUUCUAAGCUUCCUAUAAACUAUUAGAGAGUCCGAAAUAUGACGUCCAAUGGUUCAAACAUAAUAUCGUUGUCAUGUUACAACCUGAGAGGGUAUAAAAUGUUGUGAGCCGCUUCUUUAAAUAUUAGGUUUUGAUCAAUUUUGCUGGCAAUCAGUUUCAGUCUCAUUUUGUUUUUUUAGCCGCAGUAAACAAACAUUUUGAAUAUCAUGAUGUUAGAAAAAUAUAACAGGGAUAGAUUUAUUCUGUCAGAUGCUCUAAAGUCAAUAAUAACCUGACAACAAUCUGCCAUUUGUGAUGUUCUCCAGUGUCCAUCAUCAGUAUAGCAGAGUGGCUCAUCUCCGAGGUUCCAUCAGGAGGCGAGAUCGGCUUUGACCCCUUCCUCUUCUCCCUACGUGAGUCUCUCCUCUCUAUCUCUUCUGUCAGUCUUGGUUUAACAUCAAUAAAUUACUCACUUAAGUAGAUGGAAAAUUGUUGAUGGAGCCUACAGUCGCCACACAGACUGUUUACUUGAGAUUGAUCUGCGUCUGUGUGUGUGUAAUCAUCUGCAAUUUCCUCCAUUAGAGACGCAGGAGAACUACAAUUUGAAUCUGGAGUCAAGCAAUCGCAGCCUCAAGUCCAUCCCUGAUAACCUGGUGGACCAAAUAUGGACUGCGAGACCGCCCAUUCCUCCUGACAAUAUCAUUCACCUGCCUGACAGAGUCAUACGUAAGUUUCUUUAAAUGUGUUUAUAUCUCUGCUGUCUGCUGGUCUGCCUGUUUGCUGCCCUUUUAACUCUCUAUCUAGUGCUGAUAAAUACCUGCAAACACAGAGCGAUAAGCAGCUCCACAAACACAGCUAUAAACAGUUGUAAGAUUUUAUGGCAGAUCAUGUUUAAGUGAUGGAAAAGGCUCCUAAAAAGGAAGAUCAUGAGCCAGAUUAGUGGUCUCUAUGGACCCAGAAUAGAUUAAUGGAACUAAUGGAGCGGCUCAUAAGUCCAGUGGUGUACCCAGGCUGUUUGAGGAGCAGGGUAAAAACAAAAUGCCUGCUGUAUGUCAUGAGGCACUUGGACACAGAGGGUUAUGAUCAACAAAGAUCUGCCUGUUGCAGCAUUUUGAAGACUUUCACUUCUUCAGGUUUUUUGUCUCUGUAAAUGUAAGGCACACUUCUGGCCUGUCCUACAAAGAGUGGGGUGUGAGGGUCCUUCCACAGGAAGUUUAAGCAUUUAGCAUUCAAACUCCUGUACUCCUGUAAAAUGAAACAAAUUUAUCAUAAUGUGUUGUAAUCAAAUCAAGGGAUUUACUGCCUGUGUGAAGAAUAUGUAAGUGAUAUUUGAUUUGAGACUGAGUGGCUAAACCUAUUUCAAAUAUUGACAGAAUUUACAGUAACACUUUACUUGACGCCUAUCUCUGUAAUGCAUGAUAAAUAUACAUGUGUUAUAAUCACGCUAUAGCACUGUAUAAACUCUAGUUAUAAACACUCCUGAAUGAUCAUAAUGCUUUAUAGCAAUAAAUCAUAACAUUAUAAAGCAUUUUAUAAUGACUUACAAGGUCAGGUAUUAUAAUGUGUUAUAACUGUUAACAACUCACUUACAAUGCCCACAUAGAUAAUGCAUUAUACAUAUAUUUAUCAUGAGUUAUAAUUUGUUUAUAAACUUGUAUAACUAUCAUUAUAAACACUCAUUAAUUAUCAUAAGCCUUUAUAACAAUAAGCAUACCUGACCUUGUAAGUCAUGAUAAAAUGCUUUAUAAUGUGUUAUGAUUAUUGUUAUAAAGCAUUAUGAUCAUUUAUGAGUGUUUAUAACUGGAGUUAUAAGUGCUAUAAUGUGAUUAUAACGCAUCAUACAUAUAUUUAUGAAGUAAAGUGUUUCCGAAUUUCUGAUUUAACAGUUGAGUAAGAAAGACUUUCUGCAGCAUUAAAGAAACCUUGUAUGGCAAUCUAUCUCUACCAAAGAAAGUCGUAGUUAUCCAUCAGAACAUUUUUCCAUAUUCUAUUCAAAUAGUCUACCUAAGAGGGUGAUUUUUGACAUUUCUUUCUUAUAUCAGCUGAAGUGGCACCCAGAUAGCACUUUGUUUUUCACUGAAAUGAAACAUGAGGAAUAAGUUCAAAUCAUAACUUAAAAUUCUGUUAUCAAUGUGUCUGUUAACAAUAAUAGCAGUCGUUUGGCUGCUAUUCUGCCAAUAACACCCAGCAACUCAAAGAAAGUGUUUUUUGCUGCAUUUUGAUGAAAAUGGUCUGAUUUCAGUGGCUGAAGUUGGUGGCUACUGUUGUUGUUGAAUGUCAGCAUGAGAACUUUUGCUUAGUGUUAAUUUAACACUAGCCAACGUUUUAAAGCCACAUCAGCACAUGCACAAGAUCUAACAAAUACAUGUUCAGUAGUUUUGUGUCUGUCCCUAAUGACUAAAAUAUACAGUAUAUCUACACAUGUUUUAUGAAUUGAUGGUAAAAUACAAGAAAACCUGACCCUCCAACCCAUUCUAGCAUAAAGUAUUUGUCAUGGAAAUAAAAGUUAAAGGUAUAUGUGUUUGCAGAAAGGUCCUGGCAAACCAAAGUGGAGGACAUAAGGAAUCAAAUGAAGGACAAUCCAUAUGAACCAACAGCUCUUCUGCUGUCAGCGCUGGAUGAAACAGCCUGUAAGUAACCUACACAUGAGAAUUAUUACUAAACAGCCUCAGAGACUCUCUGAGAAAUGUUGUUUAUAUGUGUUGAUAAUUAUUUUCCAGUUAUAAAAGAAACAUCAGACAGUUACUGUGAAUAUAAUAAACACAUUAUUGCAUCUCUCUUGUUGAUUGAAGGACUCCUGAGCUGCAGGUCUCAUAAAAAUUAUUGGGUCUCCCUUUAAUGACAGCAAACAGAAUAAGUCUCAUACUUCGUAAAAUGCAAACAGAGUUCUUGGCACUGCAGUAUGUGGGAGGUGAUAUGUAUUAAAGUGUGCUGAUGUUUACUGCCGGGGUUUGUGUAUGUUUUUUAUUUGCAGGGCUGUUUAAUCUGCGUGGCAAUGACAUCCCAUACAAUCCUUUCUUCUACUCCUACACACUGCUCACAAUGGAUCAGAUCUGGUGAGUUCAUUUACAGAGAAAACAUGCUGUAAGGACUCUUUUCAAAAGCCCUCCCCUUUGUCCCUUAUACUGCACGCAGACUGAACCAGUAGACAACACUUAACCAUACACAUAAAGCACGCAAACUACUCCUCCGUGACCCACAUCUUGUACUUUCCUUUUACCUCGUCAACCUCAGGCUAUUCCUGCACACGGACAGAGUUUCAGAGGAGCUGAAGAUGUACCUGAACGCCUCCUGUGAAGGGCCACUCUGUGUGCAGAUACAAGAAUACGACACUGUCCGAGACGUACUGAAGGAGUAUGUGGCCCGGCCUGGUAUCAAAGUGUGGAUCGGCACAGAGUACACAAACUACGCUCUGUAUGAGCUCAUUACACCAGAGGUACGAGAUGUUUGAUUUAGUUAUGUUGACUGUACAGGAUAAUAUUGCCCUUAAUGGAGCUCCAAGAGGGGAUGUUGAGUUAUCUGAUUGUGGCAGUUAUAAAUCAAACUUGCUCUCAUUUGUUAGUAAAUGCCAGUGUUGGUCAGUAAUGUGCCGUAUUGAUUAAGUAAAGAUUGGUUCAAGGUAUUCCUUUAAGAUUUAAACUGGGACUUUGCCUGCAGCUCACACACCCUCUGCUGGGCAGAUUAGAGGGGUGCGCCCCACGUUGCAUUUAAGGGAAAUUCCAGUGUAAUAUUAAUUUAAAGUUAAACACACUGUAACACCAAGGUUAUACAUCUCCUCGAGAGAUGAAUGUUGCCGACCGCUUGCUUCUCUAGUUAUACCAACUUUAGUAACGACCGCACGAUAGUAAAACACAGUGGUCAAAGGAACCGUACACAGAACUUAACCAAAACGCCACUCUAUAGCCACAAAUAAUGCUCAGAACAGCACCUAACUUCAUCAACAGGACAUAUAGGGUCCUAGCUACAGCACUAGCCACCAAACAUCUUUGUAGCUUUGCCUAAUUUCUUUCGCAAAGACACUAAACACAACUCACCCACUCUCCUCCAGCAGCCGCUUGUUUGUAGCAAGGCCUUCAGGCGGAUUGAUUACAGACUGCUGCGGGGGGUGACGCAGCUCAAGGAAGAACAUUUAUGAUCAUUACUUUAUCAUUUGCUUGAAGUAAUAAUCACCAUAUUAAUCAUUUUGCACUGCAGACGCGGUAGCUCUUCUGCCUUAGUGUCUUGGUCUGAUUGCAUUUCCAUGAAGAAAUAAGCCAGAAUAUCCUAUUGAAUUGUGAUAAGCACUGAAAAAAUACAUUUAAAUCAGUUUCUUCAAAUGAAAGUGUUAUUCACCUACGUAAUGUGACAGAGUGAACCUCCACAUUGCUCUAGUUCGAAUAUACUUCUUUUUUUUAUCAGAAUAAUAAGCAAGAAGAGAGUGUACAGCCACUGCACAGUGACGUUAUGUUGUGCAUGCAUGAAAAUUAUCUUCUCAACGAGGAACAACUUGUGCCUGAUUAUCUGGAAUACACAAGUGAAUAACUUGUUCCUACAUGGUGAUUGUUUUCUACCCUCACGGGGCUUCAGGGUCUCUUCUGCGCUCUGCUCCCCUACAAUGUGAUAAUCUGUUAAUGUAGUGGUGCUGUAGACCAGCUGCAGUGAGUCAUGACUGGUUGCGUGUAAUAAAUAUUUUGGACAUGUGUUGUGGAGUUUUUAGCACUCGGCUAAUCAAUAUUUUUAUGUAAGGCGUAGAUCAAAUGAGAACUCAAAUUUUUUGGCAGAAUCCUCUCCUCCUGAGCUUCACGGAGUGUUUGAGGACAGAAGGGAAAAAAAACAUUUUUCUAACUUUUUUGGUUGUAAUCUUCUAAAAACCUCAACGGAUGUAAAAAAAUUUCAUAUGUACUUUUCAUAAUUGACUUUAAAGGGAUAUUCCGGCGAAAAAUAAGGUAAGGGUCAAACACCCCAACCGCUUGCUUCUCUAGUUAUACCAACUUGAGUAACGACCGCACAAUAGCAAUACAGAAAGCCACACGCUCAACCAAAACGCCACUCUAUAGCCACAAAUACUACUCAGAACAGCACCUAACUUCAUCAACAGUACAUAUAGGGUCCCAGCCAUAGUACUAGCCAUCAAACAUCUUUUUACUUUUGCCUAAUUUCUUUAGCAAAGAGACUAAACACAACUCACCCACUCUCUUCCAGCAGCAGCAGCUUGCAUGGAGAUCUCAGGCGAGUCCAUUGACUGCAGCGGGGUGACGCAGCUCAAGGAAGAACAUUUUUGAUCAUUUCUUUAUCAUUUUCUUGAAGUAAUAAUCACCAUAUUAAUCAUUUUGCACAGCAGACUCCAUAGCUCUUCUGCCUUAACAUCUUGUACAGCCACAAAAAAUGUUCUUCCUUGAGCUGUGACACCCCACAGCAGUCCGUAAUGGACUGGCCUGAGGUCUCUCUACAAACAAGCGGCUGCUGGAAGAGAGUAGGAGAGUUGUGUUUAGACACUAUCUCGACGGGAUGUCUAACUCGGUGUUACUGAGUGUUUGACACUAGUUUGAUUUCACUCCGGAAUAUCCCUUUAAGGGGGAUGCUGUCCGCUUUAUAAAGCAUAUCUGAUGUUUGUCUUCUGGGAGGGUAGCUUGCAAAAAAUGUAAAAAAAUUAAGUGAAUUAGAGGAAAAGCUAUCUUUGUGUUUUCUCACUUCUAAGCAGCAAAGCCAGGUCAAAUCAAAAGUUUCCUGUGAACAAAACAACAAACUCAUUUAGUCAAAAUGCUCUUUAUAUUUCGGAGUUUAGGGGUAAAAAUACUCACAAAUGUUGCUUUAAUACUAGAAAAGUCUUGUGCUUACUUUUUGUUUGUGUUCAAGGUGUAAAAAAAAUGUAUAGUAAUGAAUAACUUCUUUUGUGUUAUUGUUUUUGCAUCAUUCAGGAAAAACUACUGACGAGCUCCUACUCUCCUGUGCUGACGACUAAAGCUGUAAAAGAUGAAACUGAGCAGAGGAUCUUAAGGGACGCUCAUGUAUGUCCAAAGUCUUGUCCAUGCACACCUGAGCACAAAUUAAAUCUGACAAAGAGUCACAUUUGUCUCUGUUUUCUGCAAAGCUGUAUUUGGUACUUCAGGUAUGAGAGCAGACUAUUUACACGAGACCAUUUUAUCCCAGGAAAUCAUUCAUCAGUCCUCUCUGUCAGACUGGGGGACAUUUAUGAAUUGUUUUCAUUGAGGGUUCAAACACCUCAGUGAACACGCAUGCUGAUGCAUUUAUCGCCCUGUUCACACUCGUCUGAACUGCGCCACAACAUUAUAAUGUAAAUUGACGGCGUGUAGUUCUCGGGUUGUUUGUGAUCGAUGCAGAGACUCUGGAGGUGACCAUGUCUUUGUGACUCUGUGCAGGUGAGAGAUGCAGUGGCAGUCAUCCAGCUGCUGAUGUGGCUAGAGAAGGCGGUGCCAUCGGGGAAGGAGACGGAGCUGACGGCUGCAGAAUAUGUCAAUGAGCGUCGCAGGUGAGUGCACACGAGAGAAAUGAGAUUCAGGAUUCGCUGAGCAGAAAGUCUUUGCUUGUUCAUAUACUUGGGGGAAAUAUAUUAUUAUACAUAGACCCAAUUCAAAGUUGCUGUUACACUUCGUAUAAACAUAAUUUACAGAAACCAGAAAGACAACAGAGGCCCAAGCUUUGAGACGAUCUCUGCAAGCGGACCCAACGCUGCACUUGCCCAUUACAGGUAACACUUUUUCACAUGUUCUUCUUCCUUUUGUACAAAUAUAUUUCUAUUUCUAUGUUUGUUUCAGCGCACAAAAUCUGAGUAAUAACAGCUCACUUGAUAUGCAGCCACAGUUACUAACAAAAUUGAAAGCAUAAUUUCAUUUUUUGCAUUAAACUUAGACUAUUUAAAACUUAAUUUGUUUACAGUUUCAGUCUCUUUAACUUGUCAAAGAUUAUCUAAAAUGUGUUUUUUGAGGCCUCUAUCGAUAGUUUUUAUGCCUAUAAUUAAAUGUUGCUUUAAAUCUUUCAUUGGUGUGUUCAGGGGAACUGCAUUUUCAAUAUUUGAGAGCGUUGGAGUCUGGCUUUUUCUAUAGUGACAAAGAACAAGGGCACACCUAUCAACAUUUUAUAACUGCAAAGACAAUCCUGGUCAAAUACACUUUUAAUUGUCUAUAUUUAUAUCAAAUGGUUUCUUUUGUUUGUUUUUUUUCUUUUUGGAAAUGUAAAAAAAAUACUUUAAACUUAAUUUCUGAGGGUUUUUUUUUUUUUUUUUUUUUUUUUUUUAAGAAAUAGGAGUUUCAGUUUGGAUCAGUCUUAAGUCGCUGAUAAGGGGUAAAUAAAUUAAGUGUGGGAGUUUAGGAUCCUGAUCAUGUAACUGCACUGUUCAGUGUGUUGAACCUGGUUUCUUUGUCACUCCACUGUCUCACCACUCAUUAGUCAUUUGCUUUACUCGAGAUUCUGUCUUAAAAACACCAGAAUUGCUUUAAAAAGUACACAUUGGACUCAAAAAACCACCUGAACAGUGAGAGUCUCUGUUGCCCCCGUCUGGCAAUAAGUGUAAUCACAAAAAUACAGAUGCCUUUGACGCACAUUAUGAAAAUGUUGGAAAGUCCCAAAAAGUACACAAUCUCUAAUUCGUCUCUGAACACUGAGUCUCUUUUUAUCUGGAGGAUCAUGUGUUUUUUGGAUGCUUCUGAUUUUUCAUAACUCCCAGCAGUUGCCAAAGUUACUCUCCAUUUCUGUUUGGAAACCAGUUACUGCUGAUAAAUGCUCCUUUUCAUAAUGUUUGGACAACAUGAGAAUAUCACAGCAGAUAACAGAGUUAAACACUUUCCUGUGAAAUACAGAGAGGGAGGUCUCAUCUCACUGGACUGGACUGUGUUCACUCACAGUUUAUCUCUUAUACUCCCGCUCUGAUGUCUGCUUUGUAAAUUGGUCAGCAGUGAUGUAAAUUGCCAUCAGACAGUAAAUGACAGUUGUGGAUACUUCCUGUUUUCUUUGUUUAGCCCCACAAAAGAAACAACCCGAACGUUGACGGUUGAUGAGAUGUACCUGGUUGACUCCGGUGGCCAGUAUCUGUGAGUAAAAACACGCUCUGCUCAGUUUCACAUCACAGUACUUGAGUCUGAAAUGAGUCACCCUGUCUCUCGCUACCAUCAGAGACGGCACCACAGACAUCACCCGAACAGUUCACUGGGGGACACCUACAGCUAUGCAAAAGGUAACACAUAUUACACUGCAGAGAGGGUGUGAAUGGUUGAGGGGUUGUUUACGUUUCCAAAUAGUCUAAUUUCUUUUCUCCUGCUGUGAAAGAUUGGAUCCCUCUGGAUUUUUAUGAAUUAAAUGAACCUGUAAAUUUGAUUUGAUUUUCUUUUUUUACAAUCAAUGGAAGUUUGAGUGAUAUUCCCGUAAAAAUGUUUAAUCCAACACAAUACCAAAGUUCUUUUCUCUUCACAGGAGGCCUUCACUCGAGUCCUCAUGGGAAACAUUGAAAUAUCUCGAACCAUCUUCCCCUCAGGAACGAGAGGUGGGGAGUAAAACAGUCACACGUACUUAAAAAUAGUCCAACCCUGAAGUUCAGAGUUUCACCACCAGAGAGCCCCAUUUCCUAAUUUAACCAUGUUUUAUAAGCAGGUUUUGAACAGAUGAAUUACAGUAAAAUUUUAGUGGCAGGGUCAUUGAUCAAAGCCCUCUCUUAUGUUGUGUGUUUCUUGACCAACAGGUGUAAAUAUGGAGAUGCUGGGCCGGAGAGCAUUGUGGGAGGUGGGUCUGAACUACGGCCAUGGCACAGGGCACGGUGUGGGAAACUACUUUGGAGUUCAUGAGUGUACGUUUCCCUAUUUAAUGAGUGAAAAUAUACAGCUCAGUGUGAAACCGUUCUUCCACGCACUUAGAUCCUCAUUACUAAAACACAUUUUUUAAACUUGAAUCCACUCAAAAUGAAACCAGAUUUUAAGGCACUUCUGUUGUGAUACACGGAAGAUCAGAGGAAACAUCUUUACAGUGUUGCAUCAUUUACAUUAUCACAGGUGGGAUCAAUGAUGUUUUUAGUACUGGUUAUCAAUUUUUUACAUUUAAGUGUUAGCGUUGUAACCAGAGAUGGGCAUUUCAAGCAAAAAAAAAACAACUACUCAAUUGUCACUGUAUACUAUUCAGCUAUUAUUGGAAUAGUCCCCCCACCAGUAAGAUAAGAGAUAAGAUAAACCUUUAUACAUCCCACAUUGGGGAAAUUUGCAAAUUUGCUCUUGAGCCCACACAUUAGAUAAUAGGGACAGAGAGAAUGACAGUGUCUGUACUUCUUACAUCCAUGUUAAGAAAUUAUCUACAUAUGCUAGUUUUACCUGGUAAAGUUUGCUCUUCACCUCCCUCAAAGACGUUUCCUGCAAAGCAUGUUAAAUCACAACCCACCCCAAACUGCAACCACAUCAAACAUAAAGAAAUACUCCUUAGUCUCCCUUUACAGUUUCACAGAAAGGCGUAUUGUGUUGUCUCCACAGUCUUAAUUACAAAGAGAUUCUCAUUUAACACGGAGAAGUGGUAAAUCCUCACUCUGGGGAGGUUUAUGCUCUACAUCUAAAGACAGAGAAAGAUUAGUUUCUACUCAGUGGAUUUAAGCUAAAAACUUGUUGCCGACAAUGACACGACAUAGCCUAACAAACAGAGUAAUCUUAAAAAAUCAUUUCCACAGAUGUUUUGUUUCCAUUUUUAAUCACUAUGUAUAAAAUGAAUAGAAAUGUGCUGGUGCAGAAACUCUGCAGCAAAACUGAUAUUUUUUAUGUUUCUCCAGGGCCAGUUGGUUUUCAGGGCAACAACAUUCCCUUCAAAUCAGGCAUGUUCACAUCUAUAGGUACGUUUUAAAAUAUUUUUUUUAUAUCAGUUUUAGAUUUAAAAAGUGUAUAUAUAUAGGAUAAGAUUCUUUUAAUGGUUAAACAACUGAUACAUACUGAUAAUGUUCUUUUUAAGAGCCUGGGUACUACAAGGAGAAUGACUUUGGCAUCCGGAUUGAAGAUGUUGCUGUGAUUGUGCCUGCACAGACAAAGGUAUUUACACUACUGACCAAAACUCAGCUUCAUCAAUAUUUUAGAGUUAUGAUACUGAUUACCUGCUUUUUAUUCAGUUAAGAAUUUCAUUCAAUGUGUGCUUAAAAAAUAUAAUUUCAGUGUAUUAAUGUGUCUUUUCUCCCCUCAGUAUGGUCAUAACUACCUGACCUUUGACACCGUGUCAUUGGUCCCAUAUGACAGAAAGCUGAUUGACACUUCUCUCCUCAGUGCAGAGCAGGUAAUACUUUAAAAGAUGUUGUAUUCGAUAUCUUAAAAAUACCUACGUAUCUUGAAUUCUGUUUCACCGUAUUCUUGUAAAAGGAGGAGUUAGAAAGUCCCGACUAAAAAUGCCAACCAGAUACCCAUCAACACUAACCUAUAAUAAAAGUUUACUUCCCCAAAGAUACGUAGGUUUCCUUUUCAAAGUUGUGAACACCGUUGUGUUCAAGCGUGCGUGACCUCCCAGACUUCAGCUCUAAGAGCGCUUUUCUUUAAUUUGCAAAAAUCCCCUAUUACACUUCAAGCUCCUCUGCAGCUUGAAGAUCGAAACAGACUUCAAGAAAAAAGAAAACCACGUGUGAAAUCAUAAGCUAGGUUUUCGUUUUAUUCAAAGUGAAAGUUAUUUCCAGGAGAAUCAAACACAUCUCUUUAUCUUUGGAUCAGUUGCCAUUUUUCUUAAAUUUUUAAUUUUUCUAAAUUAACCCCCAGCCUGCCACAUCUAAGAAUCAAGGAUGGUUGACUGAGAACAGGGUCCUUGGUGCCCCAUGAAUAAAUUAAUAAAAUGCAAUUCACUGCUGACCCCAGAGACCACGCAUAAUAAAUUACGUUUGUGUGAGUAACUUUGGAUUUAUGCCUUUGGCUUGUGGUAGAGUAUUGUUGUGCCGUGGUGUUCUGUAUCUGGACUUCUAGUGUAAAAAGUCAUACUAUUUAUUUUUUGCUGUCACCUGAUUAGUGUUAAUAGCACGGAUAAUGGGGGACCCUAACAAUAAUCCCUGAGGAACACCAUAUUUGAUCCUUGACUGCAAAAAAAUUACAUAUUUCAACCUCCUGUUAAACAAUAAUGUUUCAUUGUGUUUUAAUACCGUGCUUUUUUUAAAUUAAUCAAAGUGAUCUCGUCUUCUCCAGCUCCUUUGGCUGAAUAAUUAUUAUGUGACGAUCCGGAAGCUGGUCGGUCCAGAGCUGGACAAACAGAAGUUAAAGGCGGAAAAGGACUGGAUGCUAAAACACACAGAACCCUUCGCUGCGUCUGGAUCUUCCACUUCUGUCUGCUCCUCCUCUCUGACCCUCAUUGCUAUGACACUCACUUUAAUCCACAACAUCAACUGAACGCCGUCAUGUCUCUGCUCCCACUUGCACACAAACACUAAGCCUAUGCAGUCUCUGAUGAGCAGCUACACCAGGUUGGGAGAUGCACUGCAGUUUAGCCUGUUUUCAAAUGAAAGGAUGUACGUGUUGAUUUAUUUAAUGGUGUAAUUACAAAGAAAAUGACGUAUAUUGUGUAAAAUAUAAAGUUAUCUUUUAUGUGAUUUUUGAUGUUUAAGUCUUUUGGUUAUUAAUUGGAUAUUUGUAUAACCUGCUGAUAUAAUUUCUAUUUUAUUAAAGUAACACUCUUUGAAACAAA